UUAUCUUUUUUUUUUUUUUAAUUUAUGGUGCUGGUGGGUGAAGGAGUGUAAAUACACUUAACUCCCUGGAAAUGAAUCUCGCCGAGUCUUGCAGGUUCGGAUGAAUUUCCCUAAAGUCCGCGAGUACGCGCGCGCGCGCAACCGCCCCCGUGCACAGCAGAGACUUCAGCCCUUCAACUUGAAGACGUUUUCCUCUAAACUUCUCAUUCAGCAGCAGCAGCAGCAGUAGUAGUAAUAGUAGACGCAGCAGCAGCAGCAGCAUCAGACGCAGCAGCAGUAUGCCUUUGUUCAGCAGAUGGUGGACUUUUGUCGCAGCUUCUCUGUGCUACGUCGGUCUUCUGGUGUCUGGUGAGAGAGACAAGAGACAAGCAGAUGGAGCACAACCGGAGCUCUUCAUCUUUAAUGAGCUGUGUGCCCUAAAGGACAAUCCGGGGCCUUGCAAGGCCAUGAAGGACAGAUACUUCUUCAGUGUUGACACGGGACGCUGUGAGCUGUUUGAGUACGGAGGCUGCAGAGGGAAUCGCAACAACUUUGAGACUCUGGAAGAAUGUGAGGAAACCUGCGUCGUCUCCGAUGGGAAGGACCCGUGUCAUCUCCCAGAGGCCCCUGGUCCAUGUCGAGGACUGUUGAAACGCUACUUGUUUGACAGCAAGGACCAGCAGUGCCGGACCUUCUUCUACGGCGGCUGCUUUGGCAACGCCAACAACUUCAAAACUAUGGCAGAGUGCCAGGCAAAAUGUCAGAACCCAGUUAAACCCACUGACGGCCCAGUGGUCGUGACAAAGAUCGCUAACACUCCAUCUGCUCUGCCCUCUACUGGAACUGGGGAACUGACCAGUCUGACCAGACCUCUGGUCGUCCUGAAUGGAAGCUCAGAACCAGAAGAGGUGAAACCCAGAGACAAAGUUUGUCUCCAACCCGUGGACACUGGAACAUGUGACGGAGCCGAGAAGAGGUUCGCGUUCCACUCCAAGACCAGGAGGUGUCAGUCCUUUGUCUUCAGUGGAUGUGGGGGGAAUGAGAACAACUUCACCACCAGGAGGCACUGUAUAAAGAAGUGCAUGAAGAGCAGAAAGCAUAACGAGAGAAUGAUCAGAAUAAGACGGAAAAACAUGGACAUCAUCCAUCGCCCGUCGUCGGCUAGGAACAGUACCAACGUUUGAGUCCACAUAUUUAUGUCCAUGUUAUUUUUCCAGCUCUGUCGCACUGUUGUCUCGUUGCCUAGCAACUGUGAGGCUUUUAGCUUUAGAGUCCUUUUGUAGUGGCUGAAGCCGUACCUGUUUCUGUAUCUCAUCGACAACAGACACGAAGUGUCUCGUUUAGCAGCUUAUUAUUAUAUGUACAAAUAUAUGACCUGUAAUUACCUAACAGUUCCACGGGGGAGCUGUGCACUGAUGCUAACGGUUAAAUGCAACAUUUUAAGGUAAUGCCAAAUUUUGAGUAUCAUAUAUGUUAAACAGCAGCAUAUUAUUUGUCUGUGUACUAUUUGACUGUACUAUACAAGUACUUUGUAGUACAUGAACUGUCAGGAAAGCUUUAGCAGGAAGAAGAAAGUUCUGGGGUUGUCGACAACUUUAACCACGGUUUGAUCAAAAACAUUAAAGCCCUUUUCAGGUUGUGAUCAACCUCAGACAUGUUGAUGACUUUUUCUUGUCAAAUCUUUCAUAAUAAAACAUGAUAAACAUU